CAACAAGCUGAGUCAUUCGUUUACAGAGGAGUUUUAUAUCAUUAUAUUCAUCAUCACUCAAUGGCUACAGUUCAGUACCACUUCCUUGGAAAGUCUGGUCUCAAAGUCUCUGUCCCAAUUCUUGGUGCGAUGAGCUUCGGUUCCCCGAAUGGGCUGUAUGUCAUUGUUUCCUAUCCCCAACUUGUCAACCACAUCCUCAAUAUUUUACAGCCCUGGGUCCUUGACGAGGAACCCUCUAUUGAAAUAAUGAAGGCUGCUAGGGAUCUCAGUGUCAACACCAUCGACACCGCUAACAUUACUCAAAUGAUACACCGCUUCGACCCUUCAGUCACCCCUCAGGAAACCAUGAAAGCACUUCACGACCUCGUGCAGAGCGGUAAAGUCCAUUAUAUCGGCGCCAGUUUCAUGUGUUGCUGGCAGUUUGCCAUGUUGAAUGACGUGGCAGCUCGCAAUGGUUGGACGACGUUUAUCAGCAUGCAGGAUGAGUACUUGCUGCUCUACCGCGAGGAGUUUAGCAUCACGUCUAGGAAUGCGAGAUGCUUGCUUAUUGCAAAUAACACGGUAUCGGUGUCAUCCCCUAGUUAG